UUCUCCGCCAUUUACAACCAAUUUUAGUAUAGUCGUUGUAGUCUAUUGAUUAGAUAACACGUUUGUCCAAUUGGCGAACCUCAACUCCGUCGGGCGGUGUUGACUUCAGUGUUUACCUCUUCACAAACCGAGUAACAAGUUUUGCCGGUGAAAUGUUCAGUUUCUUCCUACUUGCUACCGCUCUGCCGGCAAUUGCCUUCGGCCUAGCCGUGCGACCCUGUCCUAGCAACGCUCCUACUCCUGUGGAAGUCCGCGUCGUUGAUUGCUACGUGGAACCGUGUGUGAUUCCACUCGGCGGAAUGGUCGAUAUGGAUCUGGACUUCAUAUCAGAUCGCAGCAGCGCCACGGUGAUAGCGUCCCUUGAUAUUUAUCUCGGAAAUUUCCGGGUGCCGUAUGAGCUGCCAAAGGAUCAACAAGACGCUUGUAAUUUCUUCUACGGCCGCGGCUGUCCGAUUCUGCUGGGUGAAAAGAUCAACUAUCAUCUUAGUACUCCGGCUUCAGCUCCGUUCGCAAAUGUGACCGUUGAUCUGGAACUACAGCUGACCGGCGAUGAUGGCGAACCACUGUUCUGUUUCCGUUCGUCCGCCCGUAUCAUACCGGCCAACCAGAGACUUAGCAACUGAAUAAAGUAGUUUGGGCGAGAUAAGCUCGCUGGACUACA